AUGCGUCGCUCAUUAUUGCGGGCUGUUGAGUCCACCAAGCCCCUUUCCCGGGCGUCACGCUCAGUCUCUCGAGGCUUCAGCACCGUCAACGAAAAUGGUUCCAAGGACCCCGCCGAGCUAGAUCAAAUCACUACCCUGCCAAAUGGCAUUCGCGUCGCUACCGAGUCUCUCCCCGGUCCCUUUGCCGGCGUCGGAGUUUACGUCGAUGCUGGAUCCCGGUACGAGGACGCUAGUUUGCGAGGUGUGAGCCAUAUCAUGGAUCGCCUGGCCUUUAAGUCAACGAAAACACGCACCGCCGAUGAGAUGCAUGAGACGCUCGAGUCCCUGGGUGGAAACAUUCAGUGUGCUUCGUCGCGGGAGUCGCUGAUGUAUCAGUCCGCCAGCUUCAACUCGGCUGUCCCGACAACGCUCGGAUUGCUGGCGGAGACUAUCCGUGACCCUCUAAUCACGGAAGAGGAGGUUCUGCAGCAGCUCGCUACCGCCGAGUACGAGAUCAAUGAGAUUUGGGCGAAGCCGGAGCUCAUCCUGCCGGAGUUGGUGCAUACGGCAGCUUACAAGGAUAACACAUUGGGACACCCUCUGCUCUGCCCGCGCGAGAGACUGGAGGAGAUCAACAAGGCGGUUGUAGAGAAGUACCGAGCAACUUUCUUCCGCCCGGAGCGGAUGGUCGUUGCAUUUGCUGGUGUGCCGCACCACGAGGCAGUGAAGCUGACGGAGUCGUUGUUCGGCGAUAUGAAGGGUCCUAACACGAACGGCGGACCUAGUCUCUCGGGCAGUGGUGUUGAAACAACUCUCGCAGGAGGACAGAUCCCGGCAGCUCCUCAGUUCACGCCGUCUUCAACAGUUGCAUCCGCCCCCGCCACAACCGAUUCGAGUAUCCUCUCAAAACUCCCAUUCCUGAAGAAAUUCGGGGGGAGCACGCCCGCUUCAGGAUCAGACUCUGCACCUGUAGAUCUGACCCAACCUUCUCACUACACCGGUGGCUUCCUCUCUCUUCCCCCCAUUCCCCCGCCGGCAAACCCCAUGCUCCCCCGACUGAGCUACAUCCACCUCGCCUUCGAGGCUCUUCCCAUCUCCGACCCCGACAUCUACGCCCUCGCAACCCUCCAAACACUCCUCGGAGGCGGUGGUUCCUUCUCCGCAGGCGGUCCCGGAAAGGGAAUGUACUCCCGCCUCUACACCAACGUCCUGAACCAGCACGGCUGGGUUGAAAGCUGCAUCGCCUUUAACCACGGCUACACAGACAGCGGUGUCUUCGGAAUCUCCGCCUCAUGUAGCCCGACCCGCAUCAACCAGAUGAUCGAAGUCAUGUGCCGCGAACUCCAAGCCCUGACCCUGGACACCGGGUACACAUCACUCCAGCCGCAGGAGGUCAACCGCGCCAAGAACCAGCUGCGAUCGUCGCUUCUGAUGAACCUCGAGUCGCGCAUGGUUGAACUCGAGGACCUCGGCCGCCAGGUGCAGGUUCACGGCCGCAAGAUCGGAGUCAAGGAAAUGUGUAAGCACAUUGAGGCUCUUACUGUUGAGGAUCUGCGACGCGUCGCGCGUAAGGUCUUUGGUGGCCAGGUCCAUAAUAAGGGACAGGGCACGGGUAAGCCUACUGUUGUGCUGCAGGAGGGUGAAUUGGAAGGAUAUAAGCUGCGCCCGUUCGGCUGGGACGAGAUUCAGGACCGGAUAGCGAGGUGGAAGCUGGGAAGGCUGUAA